AUGGUCCGUAAACCAGUUCCGAACUAUGUCACUGCUUCAGUCGCAGUAUCCUUGGGAGGUUUCCUGAACGGAUACGACACAGGUUCCGUCGGAGCCGUGAUCCAUAUGAAGGAGUUUGAGAACACCGUCGGAACCAUGUCGGCCUUUCUCGUCGGUUUCACUGUAUCUCUCAUAAUGCUGACGGGAGCUAUCCCAUCCGUCUUCGCAGGCCAAAUGGCCGAUCGCCUAGGGAGACUGAGAGUCAUCCUUAUCGGCGCCGUGCUCUUCGGCAUCGGAGCCAUCAUCGAGGGUAGCAGCUUCAGCCUCCCGCAGUUCCUUGCCGGCAGAGCUCUGGCGGGCUUUGGGGAGGGUGUGUACCUGAGCAACAUGGCCGUGUAUAUCUGCGAGAUUGCCCCCGUCAAGCACCGUGGCAUCCUGGCCGGCUUGCCCCAGUUCAUGGCGACCGCCGGCGUGUGUAUAGGGUACUUCACGUGCUAUGGGAGCGUCGCCAUCCAGUCGACCAUGUCUUGGCGCGCUCCUUAUGUAGUGCAGAGUGUCGUAGCAGCCGUCUUUGUCGCAAGCUGUCUGGUCCUUCCUGACUCGCCUCGGUGGUUGAUGAACCAUGGGCGCCGCAGUGAAGCACUUGACGCUCUUCGAAGACUUGACUUCUCAAUGGUAGAAGCAGAACGCGACUUCCUCUCGGUGACAGAUCAGCGAAGCAGUUUGCCUUUGCGGCAGAGCCUCUCUAUAUUGUUUAGGCGCGGAUAUCGGUCGAGGACCAUCUUGGCCCUCUUCGUCCUUGGGGCGGUCCAGCUGUCCGGGAUCGACGCGGUCCUCUACUAUGCCCCCGUUCUCUUCUCCCAGGCGGGCUUAUCUUCUGAAACCGCAUCAUUCUUAGCCUCUGGUGUGUCUGCAAUCCUCAUGCUGGCUAUUUCGAUCCCCGCCUUCUUGCUGGCUGAUAAAUGGGGGAGGCGAACUUCUGCCAUCACCGGUGGAGUCAUGCUAGCUGGUAUCAUGCUCCUUAUAGGGACGCUCUACGCCGCUGAUGCUGUUCAUCCAUAUGGUGUUGCCCGAUGGGUGGUUAUUGUAUCGGUGUUCGUGUUCGGUCUAACGUAUUGUUCGACUUGGGGAAUCGUUGGUAAGAUCUAUGCGAGCGAGAUUCAGCCUUCCAACACUCGUGCGGCUGCGAACAGCAUCGCUCAAGGUCUUGGUUUCUUGACUAACUGGCUGGUGGCCAUAUUGACCCCUGUGCUGCUUGACAAGUCAGCGUACGGUGCUUACUUCCUCUUCGGCGGUCUGGCGCUUGUCACUGUAGCCGUUCUUGCAGCGUAUAUGCCUGAAACGCGUGGGCGAUCCCUCGAGGAAAUCCAGGACGCAUUCCAUCAUCCUGGACUCAAGAGUCUCACGACGUAUCUACGCCGAAGGACUCGCACUCAAGCCGACCCAGCUGGAAUUUCCAUCGAGAUGGAUAGGCACACAACUCAGCAGCCCGGCACUUCAUCUUCUGCGCAGACCUCAACUGUUGGACUGCGCCUCGACGUUUCGACAGCUUAA